UUCACUGGCUCAUCAGAGAGGCGCUCUGCCUGAAGGAGCUACAGCCCAACAGCAGCAGCCACACGGAUCUUUAGGACUUUCGUUUUUGGAUCUUUCUGGAGUUCUGAGCUUCUUCCGGAGGACAUUGGACAUCUUUACAUACAGGUGCAGAGGAGACCAUGACUUUGAACAAAGGUGACAAGUUGAGGAACAUGGACAAGAGGAGAGGGAGCAUGCCGUUUCCCGUCCACCUCCAGAGCCUUCACAGGAGGAGCAUGCCCGUGGACGACCGCGAGCUGCGCUCCACCGCCCCCUCCAUUCAGACUUCCGAUCUGUCCAGCCUGACACGUUGCACAUCCUACAGCCCCGGAGAGCAGCACCGCCACAGCUGCGUCUCCGACUCCUCCGACUCGGUCAUCUCCUCCGGCAGCGACUCCGAGGGACAGAUCUACAAGGUCGUCCUCCUGGGAGAGAAUGGCGUAGGGAAGUCCAGCCUGGCGAGAAUAUUCGGAGGAGUGGAGGACAGCCACGACUGUGAGGAUGCAGGAAACACCUAUGACAGAUCAAUUGUGGUGGAUGAAGAGGAGGCGAAUAUCCUGUUGUAUGACGUAUGGGAGCAGGAUAACAGUCAGUGGCUGAAGGAUCAGUGCAUGCGUAUGGGGGACGCCUAUAUCAUCGUCUACUCCGUGACGGACAAGUCCAGCUUUGAGAAAGCUUCAGAGCUCCGCAUCCAGCUCCGCCGGGCACGGCAGUCCGAAAACAUCCCCAUCAUCCUGGUGGGCAACAAGAGUGACCUGGUGCGCUCCAGAGAAGUUUCUGUAGAAGAGGGCAGGGCCUGCGCGGUGGUUUUCGACUGCAAGUUCAUCGAGACGUCGGCCUCUCUGCACCACAAUGUCCGUAUGCUCUUCGAGGGCAUCGUCCGGCAGAUCCGCCUUCGCAAGGACAGCAAGGAGGAGAACGCGCGCCGCAUGGCCAACUGCAAGCGCCGCGAGAGCAUCAGCAAGAAGGCCAAGCGCUUCCUGGGUCGUAUGGUCGCCCGCAAGAACAAGAAGAUGGCCUUCAGGCAGAAGUCCAAAUCCUGUCACGACCUUUCAGUGCUCUGAAAGAGCCGGACGCUCCUCGCUGGCCCUUUGGCGAAGCUGCUGAGACCAGAAGCUGUGUGUGAAACCCAAGGACUAGACUACUGUACAGAGAUUUGCAUAUUUUCUAUUGUAAAAUAGAUCAAGGUUAUACGAGACAAUGCUGACGAAGUCAAUGUUGAUAGACCUGCAUGAAGCUCUUUAAGUUUCUAUUACAUUUUAAUUUUUUUUUUUUUUCUUCUGUUUUCAUUUGCUGCCUUAACAUGUAGAGUCAUUGAAUCCUAGCUGUGUGAGUAGACAGCGAGUUCUCAAAGCCAUCUGGGUGUGGACGGAGAGCUUCGCAGCAGAAACAGCAAAGUGGGGAAAGCGUCCUUGUGAAGGCAGCAGCUGUUGUACUGGUGUACAGCUCUCAGCAGUGGGGUUCACUUCUCAUGUACGUGAACGAGCACAAUUAGUUUUCUGUAUCGAUAUGAGACACGGAAUCAUAUUUACUUGAAUCUGAGUGCGCAGGUUCGUACCUCAGCUAAAACAUACAUGACAAGCUUUGGGGUGGGGGUUGAGUGGGUGGGGUGGGGGGCUAGAAGCUUGGAACUGAGACAGUUUGACCCAUUUAAUCAUUACACUAAUAUUUAAAAGGGGAGGUGUGACUGAAUGGCAUAGAAGCAAUAAAUUAUGUGUUUGUGAGCUGUUUUUUUCAAAAUGUUUGAUUUGCACUUCCAUUUAAUAUUAUUGGAUUGUUAAUUUUAUUACAUGUUUACAUUGAUUUUAUAAUAAAAUGGUGAUUAAAACA